UCUAGAGGAAAAACGGUCGAGGUUUUUCUUCGCUCGUCCAUCUGCUCUCUCGUUUCCAGCGGCCAUAUGUGAUCUAACCUCAUUCAUUGGGCUCUAGACGUACUCUGCGAGGUUUUUUCGUGCGUACUGUUCGGCUGCAUCGGUUGUUUUGUGGGGAGAAGCUGCGUGUUUCUGUCCCGGACGUCGGCCGUGUUUUUGGUGAGAGCCUCGGAGAGUCCGUCUCAGGCUGGGUGGUGACAGCACGGCAGCACGAUGAUCGAGAGACCCGACACCCAGCUCCCCAGCAUCGCCCAGAGGAACCUGGAGGGCUAUGUGGGUUUUGCCAAUCUCCCCAACCAGGUGUACCGGAAGUCGGUGAAAAGAGGCUUUGAGUUCACACUGAUGGUUGUAGGUGAGUCCGGCCUCGGGAAAUCCACCCUCAUCAACUCGCUCUUCCUCACCGACCUGUACUCCAAGGACUACCCCGGACCCUCGCAGCGCAUUAAGAAGACGGUGCAGGUGGAACAGUCCAAAGUGUUGAUCAAGGAGGGGGGAGUCCAGCUCACGCUCACCAUCGUGGACACACCGGGGUUCGGAGAUGCAGUGGACAACAGCAACUGCUGGCAGCCCGUCAUUAACUACAUCGACAGCAAGUGUGAGGACUUCCUGAACGCAGAGUCCAGAGUGAACCGCAGGUCCAUGCCCGACAACAGAGUGCACUGCUGCCUGUACUUCAUCGCCCCCUCUGGACAUGGACUGAAGCCGCUGGACAUCGAGUUCAUGAAGCGACUCCACGACAAAGUCAACGUCAUCCCUCUCAUCGCCAAAGCCGACACUCUGACCCCCGAAGAGUGCCAGCUCUUCAAGAAACAGAUCAUGAAAGAGAUUCAGGAGCACAAAAUCAAAAUUUACGAGUUCCCUGACACAGAAGACGACGAAGACAACAAACUCAUCCGCAAGAUCAAGGAGAAGAUGCCUCUGGCUGUGGUCGGCAGCAACGUGGUGAUCGAGGUGAACGGGAAGAAGGUCAGAGGUCGGCAGUACCCCUGGGGCGUGGCUGAAGAGGGCAUUUUUGUGGAGAAUGGCGAGCACUGCGACUUCACCGUGCUGCGCAACAUGCUCAUCAGGACCCACAUGCAGGAUCUGAAGGACGUCACCAACAACGUCCACUACGAGAACUACCGCAGUAAGAAGCUGGCCGCAGUCACCUGCAACGGCGUCGACACCUCCAAGACCAAAGGCCAGCUCACCAAGAGCCCGCUGGCUCAGAUGGAGGAGGAGCGCCGGGAGCACGUGAUGAAGAUGAAGAAGAUGGAGGCGGAGAUGGAGCAGGUGUUUGAGAUGAAGGUGAAGGAGAAGAAGCAGAAGCUGAAGGACUCGGAGGCCGAGCUGGAGCGACGCCACGAGCAGAUGAAGAGGAACCUGGAGGCGCAGUACAAGGAGCUGGAGGAGAAGAGGAGGGUGUUCGAGGAGGAGAAGACCAACUGGGAGGCUCAGCAGAGGAUCCUGGAGCAGCAGAAACUGGACGCCUCCAAGACGAUGGAGAAGAACAAGAAGAAAGGAAAAAUCUUCUGAGGAGAGACGCAGCCUCGCUUCACUUCACACAAACUCAUUUCUUCAUCGUCCCUCUGGACACACACACACACACACACACACACACACACACACACACACACACACACACACACACACACACACACACACACACCCCUGCAGGGUUUUACAGUACGUGGUCAUUUCCAUGGAGCGUGCAUGUGUUUGUGAGAUUCUAUUUUCCUAUAUUAGCUGACAAAGAGGAGAAGCCUGAGUUCCUCUAAGCAUUCACACACACAUACAUACACACACACACACACAGAGCGGAAACAUUCGUGCGCGUCUCGUCGUUCCUGUCGUCUUCUCUCGUCUGCAGGAACACCAACUCUCCGGCUCCCCCGCCGCUGCUCUUUCUUCUGCCGUUCUCAAACGUUCCCCACAUGUUGGCACACCGAAGCCGUCAGUUGGAGGAGGGAGAGCGCACGUGAACGAAGGUUUCUCGUUACGAAGGUUUUCUCAACCAGAAAGUUUCAAGAUCACCAAGUCCGAAGAUUUCAAAAUCAGAAGGUUUCCGGAUGGUUUUACUGCCCAAACGUUUCUGAAAUCACUACUUGCAGAAUCCCAAUCUGUUGAAAUCCGACCGUUUCAGAAUAAUAAAGAUUUCAGUGACCUUCAGGUUUCUGAAACGGAAUAGUCUGUCAUCUGAAAGUUUCUGGUUCUGAAAGUUACCAAAUCUAAAGGUUCCAGACAGCGGUGGAGAGGAGGUUGUUCUUGAGUGGAGGCCUGGUCACACCAAAGAGCAGCACAGAUGAAUUAACUCAUGUUAGCUCACAACAGAACAGUUUACUGUCACACUAAUGCUAAUCCUUCUUUAUUAAGAUCGCUUUACUGUCGUUUUACAGAAACCAACACUGAAAAUAGUAUCGCGCCAUCGGAAGGUGCAUUCAGUACUACAGGAAAAGAAAAAAACAAAACAAACAAAAACUUGCUAAGCUAAUAUUUUACCUGCAUGUUUGCUCAUAAAACUUAAUGGCAGCUUUCUUACUGAGGUCCAAACAGAAGGAAUUUUAGCUACUUUAAGAUUUUUAUUUCCAGGAUUUGUCCAGUUGGCAAGUGAAAUUAAAAAAAAAUGUUUUUAAAGACUUAGAAAAUCUAAACUAGCUUUAAGAUUUUAUUGGUUAGUAGUUUAUAUUUAAUGGGUGAAAUAUUGUUGUCACAUCAUCUAAGCAUUCAACAGAGGUAAAUUAGCAUCACCUAAUGUGAGUCACUAUCCAUCAGCUGAUAUUUUUAAAGAAUAAUGCAAUUUCUCACAAAACUCGUGAUUUUGUCAGCUUUCUAAUAAAUGUUGAAAUGAAAGUGCUUCAUUAUCAUAGAGAAGUUUGCUAGCAGAACCUUGUUUAUUACAGGAGCUUGUUCUAUUUUUUAUGUAAGACUAAGGGAAAAUACCUCAUUUAAUCCCAGAAUCUUGUGAGCCAUCACGGCUAUUUUACUGUUACUAAAUAUAUUUUUUAAAGAAAACACAUCUGAUAUUAGUUUUUUUUUUUACAGAAUUGCUAAGUUUUGUCAAAAACUAUCAAUCAUUACUUUAUUCCAAAUGAAACAUCACAUAUAUUUACUGCAGUUUAGCUCAAUUUUUAGUUAGUUUUUUUUUUUUUUUGUCCUAAUCAUUUCAGUAGGCUGAAUGAAACACUCAUCUGAUAUUAUGGUUCUUUCGGAAAUCUGUUCAAGCAUUGGCUCAAUUACUGUUUUCUUAAAGGAAGGAACUUAGUUUGCGAAUAAACCUUCUAGAUAAACAAGGAAAUAAUUUAAAACCUAAGCAAGUUGUAUAUUUUCCAAAAAUACAAAGUUACUAUUUUUUGUUGCAGAUUUAACAGUUAGCUGUUAGCAGUGAGAGCUUUUUCUUCUUCUUCUUCUUCUUCUUUUUUAAAGUUAAACGUGUGUAUUUGGUGUGACUGGGCUUCGGGUUUCACUCUGUUAUGUUUGAGGCUGAAGCUGACGGUUCCCAGUGCGUGUGCUGAUGGGGAGUUUGUUUUGUUUGUUCUGUUUUUCCCCUCCGGAUCUCCAACGUUAUGCAAAUGGAAGCCUCGUUGUGACGUGUGUGACGGGUGUCGUCAUGAACCCCAGACCUCCCGAUGUUUUUAACGUUCAUAUUUUUAUUGCAACUUUAACGAGUGUUUGGAGACGUUUGCCUUUAUUUCGAAUGCUUCCCCACACAAAAUAUAAAAUCUUAGAGUCCAGGCUGUUAUAAAACCUUUAAUAAACUUUUCCCAGAGUGUCACAUUUUAUUUUCGUAUGAUAUUCUUUACAUACAUUGAAUCCCUGGUAGCUUUAUUAAAUGACUCCUAGAUUGGUUUUAGACUAGUUUUCUUGAAAAAGGGACAAAGCCGACAUGUUCAGGACGUGAACUCUAACCUGUGUACAUACGUGAGGCCGUGCUGUGGCCUUCUUUGUUUUCCUCUUCUUUUUUUUUUUUUUUUUUUUUUCAGGACUGAACCAGAACUCAUCUUUAAACCUCGAGUGUGUACAUCUAUGCCAUUGAGUGCACCUCCUCAGGACCCCUUCAAUGUAAUCAGAUUACAACAGUUUGGUGGUUUGAUGUGUGAAAAGCCGGUGAACCACACCACUCACCCUUUGAAUAAGUUUAGCUGGAUUGUUUUUGUAUUUUUCUUUUUAUAUAUGAAAUGACAGUUUUCUGCUUUCUUCUGUUUUCUGGUGUGUUCUGUCUCUAACUGUACAUGGUUAAUAUUAAAGUUGACAAAGUUAUGCUUUAACU